GGACGGCUGUGACCUCUGGGCCCGCGGCUCUCCACGCAUUGCUGCUGCCCGACCCCUUCCGCCUCGCCAUCCGUCCCGCACAAUGGAGUCGGUGGCCUUCUCCCGGCGCCCGGGCCAGGCUCCCUCGGCCUGCGCCCUGACUACGGAGCGCGCCCGGCCGCUGGCGGACGGGCUCAUCAAGUCGCCCAAACCCUUGAUGAAGAAGCAGGCGGUGAAGCGGCACCAUCACAAACACAACCUGCGGCACCGCUACGAGUUCUUGGAGACCCUGGGCAAGGGCACCUACGGGAAGGUGAAGAAGGCACGAGAGAGCUCGGGGCGCCUGGUGGCCAUCAAGUCAAUCCGGAAAGACAAGAUCAAAGAUGAGCAGGAUCUAUUGCAUAUACGGCGGGAGAUUGAGGUCAUGUCGUCACUCAACCAUCCGCACAUCAUUGCCAUCCAUGAAGUGUUUGAGAAUAGCAGCAAGAUCGUGAUUGUCAUGGAGUAUGCCAGCCGGGGUGAUCUGUAUGAUUACAUCAGCGAGCGGCCACGGCUGAGUGAGCGAGACGCCAGGCAUUUCUUCCGACAGAUUGUCUCUGCCCUGCACUACUGCCACCAGAACGGGAUUGUUCACCGUGAUCUCAAGCUGGAGAACAUCCUUCUAGACGCCAAUGGAAAUAUCAAGAUUGCUGAUUUUGGCCUCUCCAACCUGUACCACAAAGGCAAGUUCCUCCAGACAUUCUGUGGGAGCCCUCUCUAUGCCUCACCGGAGAUCGUCAACGGGAAGCCCUAUGUGGGCCCAGAGGUGGACAGCUGGUCUCUGGGAGUCCUCCUGUACAUUCUGGUGCAUGGCACCAUGCCCUUUGAUGGGCAGGAUCAUAAAACACUGGUGAAGCAAAUCAGCAGUGGGGCUUACCGUGAACCCCCAAAGCCGUCUGAUGCCUGCGGCCUGAUCCGCUGGCUGUUGAUGGUGAACCCUACCCGUCGGGCCACACUGGAGGAUGUAGCCAGUCACUGGUGGGUCAACUGGGGCUAUACCACCAGAGUUGGGGAACAGGAAGCUGUGCGUGAGGGCGGGCACCCUGGUGGUGACUCUGGCCGGGCCUCCAUGGCCGACUGGCUCCGACGCUCCUCCCGCCCCCUCCUGGAGAACGGGGCCAAGGUAUGCAGCUUCUUCAAACAGCAUGUGCCGGGAGGCGGAAGCGCUGCACCUGGGCUCGAACGGCAGCAUUCUCUUAAGAAGUCCCGUAAAGAGAACGACAUGGCUCAGACUCUGCAGGGUGACCCAGCUGAGGAUGCCGCCCCUCGCCCUGGCAAGGGUAGCCUCAAGCUACCAAAAAGCAUUCUCAAGAAGAAGGCCUCUACCUCCUCAGGGGUGGUACAGGAGGACCCUCCGGAACUCAGCCCAGUGCCUGAUACCCCAGGGCAGCCAGUCCCUGUCGUAGCCCUACUCCCAAGGAAGGGUAUCCUCAAGAAGUCUCGGCAGCGUGAGUCCGGUUACUAUUCCUCUCCAGAGCCCAGUGAGUCCGGGGAACUCUUAGACGCUGGUGAUGUGUUUGUGAAUGGGGAUCCGGUGGAGCAGAAGUCUCCACAAGCUCCAGGGCUCCUCCACCACCACCGCAAGGGCAUUCUCAAACUCAACGGCAAGUUCUCACGCACGGCCUUGGAAGGCACCACCCCUAGCACCUUCGGCUCCCUGGACCAACUGGUCUCCCCUCACCCUGCAGCCCGGGCCAGCCGCCCCUCGGGGGCUGUGAGUGAGGACAGCAUCCUGUCCUCCGAGUCCUUUGACCAGUUGGACUUGCCUGAGCGGCUCCCUGAAACCCCGCUGAGGGGCUGUGUGUCUGUGGACAACCUAAGGAGGCUUGAGCAGCCACCCUCGGAGGGCCUGAGGCGAUGGUGGCAGGAGCCCCUGGGGGACAGCUGCUUUUCUCUGACAGACUGCCCGGAGGUGACAGCGGCCUACCGACAGGCCUUGGGAAUCUGCUCAAAGCUCAGCUGAAGAUGAGAGGCAGCGCCCCAGGUUGGGGUGGGCUCCGAGAGGGUUUGCAGAGGAACCCCGGAUACGACUCCUGGGGACACUGGGGGAGAUAAGUACAUCAGGGACUCCACGUCUUCAGCCUGCUGAACCAGGAAGAUGAGAAGGGAAGUGGUCCUGAUGUGGGAGGGAGUGGGAAGGACCCACAGAAUCCAGGCUGCCAGACUGCUGUAGUGGGGCCACGGAGACCUGAGGAGCCCCUCAUGCUGUGUCUACCUCCUUUGUGCGUGAGUGUUAACCCAUCCGUGCAUUUUCUCACCUGUCCCCCGCCAGUGUCGGGGUGCAUCUUCACACAAGUUCCUGUUCCCGCCAGCCACCAGAGUUAGAACCCUAACAUGCCAGGGGUAAUCUGGAGCAGACUUUCCUCCUUAUUCAAAGAGGGAGCAGCCGCUGGUUCCCAUCUCCCGAACCGGAGCCUCCCAG